AUGGAGCAUAAAGCUUUUUGGGCUUUAAAAAUGUGCAACUUCAACAUAGCGGAGCUCAAGAACACCUGGUUGAUGCAAAUGAAUGCUCUUAAGGAACUUAGAAAUGAUGCUUACACUAGUUCUUUAAUCUAUAAAGAGAAAACCAAAAGUUGGCAUGACAAGAGGAUCAAGGGUAAUAAAGAGUUUCAUGAAGGACAAAAGGUGUUACUUUUUAAUUCAAGACUGAAACUUUUUCCGGGCAAACUCAAGUCAAGAUGGGAUGGUCCUUUUCUAGUGAAGAAGGUGUUUCCACAUGGUGCUAUAGAGUUAUUAUCAAAAGAUGGUACCCCUUUCAAGGUCAAUGGACAUAGCGUAAAAAGAUAUGAAGAAGGAGUCCCAAGGAAUGAAGACAUAGAAGAAGGGUUGUUGCUGGAGGGAAUGGCAGAAACGUAG